UGUUUGAGGGCCUCUUCUUCAGAAACCAAUGUCGUUAAAAUCUAGGGAGGAAAGAAAAUGUCUCUCAGCCUCCUCUGUAUGCUGUACUUCAUCCACAUGUGCUCGUGAUUCUCCCUCGUACAGCUCUUGGGACUACUCGAUUAGGCAAUCUGCCUGCGUUUUUUCCGAGGUUCAGAUUGAUUUCCGGGCCAUCUGGCCUCUUGUCGGGGAGAUGGAGAUGGUUGGGGGAGUUUUAGUGUCGGAUGGUGGGGGAGCGAGAUGUCCGUUCUUGUUGCGUUGACCAGAGGCUACAGCCGCCCGCGCACUCUCGGCCGCAGCACGGAGGUACUUUUCGCUGCCCUACGAGUACCCGUACUUUGCCGGAGCGCAGAGGAGCUGGCCGGUGAUAGGGUCCCACGCCUUAGUAGCCAAGUUGCACCUUGUCAAGCCUCCGAGGCUGCUAGGAACCGCCGGCCUAAUUUUUUUUUCCCUGCCGUGGUAACGGAAGCAUUGCGCUUUU